CUCGGCAGCGGACAUUCGUGCGGAGGAGCCCGGGAGCGCGGGACGUGUUUCAGCCCAGACGUGGAUCCCCAGAGUCCGGCAGCAGAACCCUCUCCAUCUCCAUCCGGGUCCGCAGCGCCGCUUCACCGCGACACAAAAUAAUGUGAUUUCCCAUUUCUUCUUCUUCUUUCUUUCUUUCUUUUUGUGUUUUGAUUCCACUCGUUAUUAUAACAUUUAUUUUCGCUCUAUUGUUUUUGUAGCUUCAUCAUUUCCUAUUUUUUCCCCAAAAUUCCACUUCGGGGAUAUUUUUCCAUUUUCUGGGGAUUUAACGUCUUUUGAAAAUUGUGCAUCGGCUUCUUUCUUAUUUUUUUUUUUAUUUUUUGUAACCUUCCGCGGCGACAGUAACUUUGGAGCCAGCCGGGGCGCAGGACGGGGAUUUGACAACGGGGAUCCAGCCUAUAUUGGUCCGCUGGACUGUGUGUGUGUGUGUGUGUGGGGGGGGGAUAAAGGGGGACAGCAGGAAAAACCCCGAGCCACCGGCGCCAGCCUGACUCCGGUCUCCGGUUUCCUGAAAGGAGCGCAGAGGAUUUAGCGCGGAUCACGGGGAGGGAUAUAGCCCGCGCCUGGAGGAGAUUUGACGAUCUCAGAGGAGCUCGGCUCACAAUGGGACUCCCAACCCUCUGAGGGGGGGGGCAACAGGCCGAGGGGGGGGGCAACAGACCGAGGGGGGGGGAAUGGAGGAGGAGGAAUAAAGCCAAAAGACAGAGAGAGAGGGGGGAGAAGAGGACAAAAGAGAAGGAGGGAAGAUUCCAGCCCGGAGGGACGGAGAUUUGGGAUUUGCUUUGGAUUUGUUGUGGGUGCAUGCCCCCCCCUGAGUCCCCCCCCCCACCCCCUUCCACCUCGGACAUCCUCCCUUUUUUUAUUUUGCUUCCCGCGUCGUUGACGCGCAAGAAAAGGACGAAGAAGAAUGCACGGAGAUCUGAUUCUGGGCGGCUCCGCCGGGCCGAUGGGGGGCCCGGACCCGAGCCCCCCCAGGACUAGGGGCUUGGUCCUGGUCUUGCUCGUGGCCGUGGCGUGCCGGCUCUCCCCGGUGGGGGGGGAGCGGGGGGGCGAGCUGGAGGCCUCCAUGCACUCGUCGCUGCUCGACGACUUCCAGGAAGUGACGGAGCGGAUCCGCGCGCUGGAGGACGCCGCGAUGACUCAGCAGAACAUGGCCGCCGCCGCCGCCCCCCCCCCCACCGCCUUCCCAGACUCCUCGGCGGUAGUGGGGCGGAUCUUCCAGAUGACGGUGCCAAACAAGAUGGAGGACGUUUACCUGGGGGACAUCGUCAAGAUCACAGAGAUGGGAAAGGACUCGCUCCCCGCCUGGCUGCACUGGGACGCCAGCAGCCGAGUCCUGCAGGGUCUGCCUCUGGAGGAGGACAAGGGCGUCCAUUACAUCUCGGCAUCCAUCUCCAACCACACAAAGUCCUCGUCUUCCUCUGAGGUGUUCUCCAUCGAGGUUCACCCUGAAGACCAUCUGGACCCGGACUCGGCCCAGCUGGCGUCCAACCAGGCCUCGGGGGAAGACGACGCCCAGCCGUUCGCCUGUAGCAACGAGGAACCCGUCACGGUGCUCACGGUGAUCCUGGACGCCGAUCUGACCAAGAUGAGCUCCGAGCAGAGGGUGGAGCUCCUGGAUGACAUGCAGAGCUUCUCCAGGGUCGGCCUCCAGCACAUGAAGAUCCUCCCGGUGGUCAACAACCGGCUGUUCGACAUGUCUGCGUUCAUGGCCGGGCCGGGGAACGCCAAAAAGGUGGUGGAGAACGGCGCUUUGUUGUCGUGGAAGCUCGGCUGCUCCCUGGACCAGAGCACAGUCCCAGAUAUCAACAGUGUCCAGGGUCCUGCCAAAGAAGGCUCCAUGUCCGCCAAGCUGGGCUACCCGGUGGUGGGGUGGCACAUCGCCAACAAGAAACCCCACGUCCCGAAGCGGGUGAGGCGCCAAUUAAACAACACCCCCACCCCUGUCCUGGCAGUGGUUCCUCCAACAACCAUAGUGGAGCCUCCGGUGCGGAUUAUUCCAACCAUCUCCUCUCCCUCUAUUGCUGCACCAACUGAAAGCUCCGCCCCCCCUGUGAGAGGUCCCGUUCCCCUCCCAGGCAAGCCUACAAUUAGAGUUCGUGACCCCAUUAACCAUACCCCCACCAUGGGACCCCCUCAACCAACCAGGGUAAUGGAAACCACCAGCACUGUUCCAAUCCAGCCAACCAUGACCAGGCCGACUUUUGUGGAGGCCACUGCUACACCACCUUCACCAACGAGAAGACCUACCAAGAAACCCAAGAGACCCAAAACCACACCGGUGCCAAGAGAGACAAAGACCUCCACAGCCAAGCCGUCCAGGCGCACAACACCAUCCCCGGCCGUUGUCCCGGAUCCAUUUAAUGAGAAACCGGUCCUGCGUAACCCAAUCGACCAGGUCAAUGCUUUGGUGGGCACCUAUUUCGAAGUAAAGAUCCCAUCGGAUACAUUCUUUGAUAAAGAGGACGGGACAACUGACAAGCUGCGACUGACUUUGAGACAGAACCACAAUGAAGUGGUUGGAGAGGGCUCGUGGAUCCAGUUCAACACCACCAGCCAACUGCUCUACGGCCUGCCCGAUGCCCAGCAUGUGGGGAAACACGAAUACUUCAUGCAGGCAACCGACAAAGGUGGCCUGAAAGCGAUUGACGCCAUAGAGGUCCGCGUGAACCGCUGGCCCGCCAACGACAAGACACCCGUGAUCUUUACGGCCCGGUUUGAAGGGGAGCCGCGUUCAAUUACAAUCGACAUCCACAAGAAGAUCCUUCUGGUGAAAAAGCUGGCGUACGCACUUGGGGACCGCAACAGCAGUACAGUCAGUCUGCGUAACAUCACCAAAGGGUCCAUUGUGGUGGAGUGGACUAACACGAGCCUCCCACAUCACCCUUGUCCAAAGGAACAGCUCACAGUGAUGAGCAGGACGCUCGCCAGUGCUGACGGAAAACCCUCGCCGAAGUUGAGGGACUUCAUGGAACCUGAAUUCCGACCAUUGGAUGUCAAGGUCAAGGGAAGGGCAAGCUGCAGAACCUAUUCCUUCAUCCCGCCUGGAGAGAUUGAAAUACCAGAGCCUCCAGCAGUCACUCCAGCUCUGGGAACCGGCCGGCAGAGCACAGACGACGUCUAUCUCCACACGGUCAUUCCUGCCGUGGUCGUGGCGGCCAUCUUGUUGAUAGCGGGCAUCAUUGCGAUGAUCUGCUACAGGAAGAAACGAAAGGGCAAGCUGACCAUCGAGGACCAGGCCACCUUCAUCAAAAAAGGGGUGCCGAUCAUCUUCGCCGACGAGCUCGAUGACUCCAAGCCACCUCCAUCUUCCAGUAUGCCCUUGAUUCUGCAGGAAGAGAAGCCCCCACUCCCGCCGCCGGAGUACCCCAACAUGGCCACGCCAGAGACCACGCCCCUGAACCAGGAACUGCUCGGGGAGUACACAGCUCUGCGGGACGAGGACCCCAACGCGCCUCCCUACCAGCCGCCGCCUCCCUUCACCACUCCCAUGGAGGGCAAGGGUUCACGUCCCAAGAACAUGACCCCCUACAGAUCGCCACCCCCCUACGUGCCACCUUAAGACUCGUUUAACCCUCCUCCGAUCGGGUGGAGGGACCGGAUGCCUGAGGAACAGUGACGGUUUUCAUUCUGGUGUUGGUCUGUCUGGACAUUUACAGGGAGAGAUGACAAGAGGUGCUAAAAUACAAAACAGCUACAGGGGACUUUGGCUUUGGGGGGGGAGGGGGAGAGAGUUUUUUUUCUUUUUUUUUACAGUAAACGUAUGGGAGGAUUGGUUGAAACAGCUGGGAGGAACUACUGUUUUAGUGGUAGCCCAGCUACUACAGUGGCCUAAGACAAAUUGUCGUCCUGUUGUCUUUUUGGAUCGACCGGUUGGUCAGAAGCGACGAUGGAGAUCGGGAGACGAGCUCUCUUUUCCCAGCCUUUCAUUUGUUUCUCUGUUCAUUUAAAACACAGUUUUUCAUCAUCAUCCCAUUAUAAGUCUUUCUUUUCUGGACUGAAUCGUUUGCCUAACAACUCGUCUUUUGGUCUUGCUUUUUAAAAUAAAACGAGAAGACAGUGGACUGCCAGCGGUGCACUGCAGGCGACAACCUUCGUUGUUUUUUUUAAAUAACGAGAGGGGGAUUCUUUGAAUUUGAAAAAAGAUCUCGCAAGGAUCUCAGAUCAGCCCUGCAGACAACACAAGAGAAUGGGAGGCCGAGGUGUGUGUGUGUGUGUGUGUGUGUGUGUGUGUUGUGUGUGUGGUGUGUGUGUGUGUGUAUUCCGAUUCAAUACGGUUUGCCUUUUAACACUUGUCUGUUUAUAUCCUUAAUCACAGUGUCUAUUAAAGAUGAAUGAAUAACAAGGUAGCCUAAAAAAAGAUUUAGAGAAUAAUAAUAAUUAAUUUGUUUUAGUUUUUUUGGUUUUAAAAUUCAUUGUAUAUCUGGGAGAUGUUCUGUUAGAUUGGGUUAUAUUUUCUUGGUGGUGGGAGAAAGGGACUGCUUCGCUAAAAUAACCUGCAGAGUCUUUUUUUCCUGUUUUUGGUAGAACGUCUACCGUCCGUUAGAUGAAAAUCUUCCCUUCCUCUCGGUUUCCCCCGUCCCGUCCGCUGUGAGAAAGCUGGGUGGGAUGGGGGUUGAAGUGAGAAAACACGACGCACCGUUUUUGUCACGAAAGAGAUUAAAUAAAGAACCUGUAAAUGCAGAGUUUUGAUGUGGAUUUGGAUGCAAAAUUUAUACUUUUAUGCAGAUUUUAGUCCAUGUAAUUUGACGUCAGUUUGGCGACAGUGUUACAAAACUCCGGUAAAAGUGAAAUGCCAUGUCUAGAGCUGCACUAUACUCAACUAUUUUAAAGUCAAACUUCUCAAAUGUCACGUCCCAAAGGCCCAACACAGUUUUAAGUGCACAUCCCUCACAGUGUGUUGCUUUUAUUAUGUGUCUGAGUGGACAAAUAUGACAUGCGGAGUUCCCCAAGGUUCCAUUCUGGGUCCUCUACUGUUUAAUCGGUUUGAGUUAAAUACUUUGCUUGCAGCUUGUUGAAUGAAUAUCUUUGAGUUGUGGACAAAACAAGACAUUGGAGGACAUCAUCUUGUGCCCCCCCCCCUCCCCCCCACCACCCUUUUCUGACAUUUUAUGAACCAAACAACUAAUCCAAUAAGAUUAAUCGAGAACGAACAUCAUCGUGAGUUGCAGCUCUAAACAUGUCUUUAGUUUUCUACAUCCAUACAGUACCUUCAUUAACAGGAAAAGGACCCCUUCAGUUUAUUUUGGACCAGGGAUAAUUCUUUUUUUAUGUAAUGAAGCAGUCCUCCCCCCCCCCCCCCCCCCCCACGUCAGCGGAGGACAUUAGCGUGCCAUAGAGACCGUCCCAGAUGGGAUUGUACAGAAACAUUUUAGAGGAGAUGAUUGAGAUUUAGAAGGAAGAAAGUACUUUGAAGUUCAACAAUUUUUGCUCGCUGAAAAAACGGUCAAAAAAAAAAAUCUCCUUCUAAUUUUUUUACCAAGUUUUUGAUACAGACUCAAAUUGUUUGAUUUAUUAAAAGAAAAACAACCUGAUUAAUAAUGAUUAGUCUUUUGUGAUUUAUAAAAUCUUAGCCUAGAAGUUCGACUAUGAUUCAAUUAUGUACGCGUUCUUUUUUUGUUUUUCUUUUGUGUCACGGGUCACGUAUUUCAAGUGUUUUAUUUCAUUGUUUGUGUAUGCAUGUGUGUAUGUAUGUGUCUGUGUGUGUGCGUGUGUGUCUGUGUGUGUGUGUGUGUGUCUGUGUGUGUGUGUGUCUGUGUGUGUGUGUCUGUGUGUGUGUGUGUGUGCAUAUCGAAAUGUAUCUCCCACUAUACAAAGAUGGAAUGACCCAUAUUUUAUGUAAUCACACAGUUUAUUUUUAUGUCCUGUUAUGUUUGCUAAUGAGUUUCAACUGAAAGUGACCCUUUGCAAUAAUAAUGUGAGGCGCGGUUGACGCAGCUCGACUGACUCGUAUUGUCAUAAUAUUGUUGGUUUUUUGCAGAAUGCCAAGGCUUUUUUGCUUAUCAAGUGUGCAUUGUCAUAAUAAAACCAACUGGUACG